CUUUCUGUUUUGCCUGACGGACCAGCACUGACCAGCAAUGUUCAAAAAGCCUGUUGCGUCCCUCAAGUCCUUCUCGCCCCUCAGGUCGAGUGACAAGAGGCGCCUCAGAGACGAAAUCCUCGCCAGCUUCCCGGCCCUACGCGAUAUGGAGCCCAUUCAUGACACGCCUAUCAAUGCCAUUAUCACCCCUGACGGCCUUCAGUCUGCAAAGUUCACUUCCUAUAUCGAAGAGCCCGGCACACUGUAUACCGACUCAGAGGGAACGCCUCUUUGGUUCAAGAUCAGCAGCAGCAAUAAGAAAGACUCUGUCAUUGUGCCUACAGUAUACACCCUUUGGAAGUUCCCGGCCUUGAUACCUGGCCUCACAACAUGGAAUCCUGUCGUGGAUAAGCUCCGUAAUGGUGCCGAUCUAAUGAUCCCUGGAGUCAUCACCAACAACACCGAAGUCCCAGAUCUAGAAGAGGGCGCCCUGGUCGUCAUCUUCGCUCGAGGAAACAAGUAUCCUCUCGGUGUAGGGACCAUGGCUGUGUCUGGACGAUCAAUUGCGUCAUCCAGAGGCAGCAUGCCUCCCAAAGGAAAGGCUGUUCACAUCUUGCACUUACACCAGGAUCAGCUAUGGGCCAUGGGAAACAAACCGGAGUUGCCAUCGGAUUGGUCACAUGGAGUCAAGACAACACUGGAUGAUGAGUACGAAACGAGCGACGAGGAACACGAAGCCGAUGGAGAGGAGCUGUCGGAGAACUUGAAGGAUGCUUCUAUCAGCGAUACAAAAGGAAAGGCACCCGUCAGAGACAAUGAUACUGUGCAAGCGCAGAGCUCAAACGAAAACAACGCCUCAGUUGACAAGGCGGAGGAGCCAAUCGAGGCAGUCGAGGAGGCUAUUGUUCUUUCCGCAGAGGAAGUCGACAAGUAUCUUCACGAGGCGCUGCUUUAUGUGCUCAAGUUCAAGAUCACAGAGGCUGUCGCCAAGGAGCUGUUGCCAAUGAACGCCUCGACGUUUUACUCCUCAUAUGUACUUCCUAACCGUGCCUGCGGUAAGGCUGCGGAAGCGGACAUCAAGAAAUCUAGCUGGAAAAAGUUGGCAAAAUGGCUCAAGACAGUGGAGAAACAAGAUCUCAUCAAGUGCAAGGAUGUCAAAGGGGAACUCAUUCUUCUCAGCGUCAAUUGGAGUCAUCCUGAAUUGAAAUCAUUCAAGGGACACAGGACUGUGGAACAGCAGGCUGCGCGUCAAGCCAAGAUCGAGGCAGCGGGCACUCAGGCGAGCUCCGAUGCCAAGGGCUUGGAGGUUCUGGAGGCAUAUCGACCCAACAGCGCCUCCGCGGAUUUUUUCGAAGCGACAGGACGAUCCAAGGACGGAUAUUAUUCAUUGCCAGAGCUCAGGAGUUUGUUGGCAGAGUACAUCAAGGAGAAGCAGUUGUCAGAUCCAAAGAAUCAAAGAAUGAUUCGACUGGAUGAGGUCCUGCGAGAAGCGCUGGCUAAGAAAGGAGAACAGCUGGACCGUGUGCCAAGAGAUCAGACCAGUGACAGGCUAGUCAACAACAUGGUGCACUACCACUCUAUUGGGUACAAAGAUCAACAACCCCGGUUUAUCAAGGGUGGUGUCAAGCCGAUUCAGAUUAUCCAGGAGAUCCGUACCGGACGAAAGACUGCCACUAGAGUGUCAGGACUGGAGCAGUUCAUGAUCGACGUCGAUACCUUUGGGCAGGAGAUCCAGGUCCUCUGUGCCAGCAGCAUUGCGAUUACGCCACUGGUCGGCGCCUCGCCAAAGCUGAACCUUCGGGAGAUCAUGGUACAGGGCCCGCAGGUCAAAAACGUGACAGCAGUCCUUCUAGAGAAAGGAGUACCCAAGAAGUACAUUGAUUUCCUGGACAAGACCGCGAAAAAGAAAUGAGUUCGAGUGUAAACAUAUAAAAAUAGUUCCGCCUCAGGCGUCAAGCAACCUUUAAGAUCAUCUCCGGCGUGAUUUGCUGAUCACUUCAAUAACCCAUCGUUGCUGUAGCGACCAACAUCUCAAUGUGCAUAUAGUCAGCGUU